UGACCCAGUAAUUUUGAAGAGAAGGCCAUUUCUUAAUUUCUAGAUGAUGCAUACCCAUUGCAGUAACUUCUACCAUAGAAGAGGAAGAAAGAAGGAAAAAUGCUUAUAUAAUGAUGAUACAUUGGAUGAAGUGACAAGAAAAGAACUUUGCACAGACACUUUCUGUAAAGUUUGUGGGGCUAUACUGCAAUUUGAAUCACAAAGAAUAGCACACUAUGAGGGUAAAAGGCAUACACAGAAAGUCCGACUUUACUUACAGAUGCACAAUGAACAAAAGGAAGGACAGGAACCUGGCAAGCUGAAGGCACAGAUGGACCCAGAUGUGGACAAAAACACAUUCUGCAAGCUUUGCAACAUCAUCUUCACAUCCCCAGUUGUUGCCCAAUCACACUACCUGGGAAAGAUUCACACCAAAAAACUGAAGCAGUUGGCAGGAGAUCAGGCUGUACAACUCACACAAACUGCUCAACCUGGUCCCUUUGUGACUCCAACUCUGCCAGAGUUGUCUAUAGAAAAGGCCUCACAGGACACUGUUGCUGAAGAUCCAUCUUCAUCCUGCACUACUGCACUGGAUUUAGAUGAUCCAGAAAAAUACUGCAAGCUAUGCUCAGCACCCUUCAACAAUCCACUGAUGGCCCAUCAACACUAUGUGGGUAAGAAGCACAAAAGGAAUGAAGUGCGUAAGCAACUGAUGGCUGAGAUAGGAACAGAAGCGAUCCCUGCAGAAUCCAAGGCCAAUGCAGUCGGCGUGGGCAACUACAAAUGCUCUGUAUGCUCUCUCAGCCUCACAUCCAUAGAGAUGUACCAGUCUCACAUGCAAGGAAAUAAGCAUCAGACCAAGGAGAAUAUGAUUAUAAAGUUGAUGAAGAAUUCUGAGAAAUCAUACAAUUCCUUCCAGGAUGAAUUGGAAGAUUACAUUAAAGUACAAAAGGCAAGAGGAUUGGAGCCGAAAACUAAUUUUAGAAAACCAGAGGAAGAGUUUGACACCAUGAAUGAUCACGGGGAAGCCUUUACUUCUGACCAAGAUCUAUUUUCUCAGGAUAUUUAUGAACCAGAUCAGCAUUCUAUUUUUUUCUCAGAAACACACACACCUUCACACCUUGUUGGAAACAGAUUGUCACAUUGGUCACUAGCACACAGGAAUCCACUAAAACUAGGAAAUACACCCGUGUUUCAGUGCAACACAGAAUGUUAUGCAGAAGAGCAAGUGCUUCAGUUGUCCACCUACAAACAGGACCAUUGCAAACCGUCAUCAGCUGAACCAAGUGAUUGCAGCCAACUUGUGUCUCCCAGUAAUGGCUCUAACUCUUACAAGAGAAGCCAAAAGCUGCCAAAGACUCCCAAGAAGGAAGAAGGAAGUGCAAGAGAAGGAAAAGGGAAUCUUGACCAAGAAUUCUUAAGGCCCAAAAGAAAACAGUACAUAGAAAAAGAGUGCAGUGAAUCAGGAAAGGACCUUGAAAGGAAAAGGAAAAGGAAAGAUGAGGCAACUGAAUGGAAAUCAAAGCAUAGUAAAGAUAAAAGUAAUAAAGAGGUUUCUUCUGAAAAGGAAAGCAGAAGACACAAGAAGGAGAAAAAGAAGGCUGAAGACAGCAGACCAACUGAGGAGGAGAUGCUGUGGAAUGAAUCUAUCCUGGGAUACUAACUGAAUGUUUUGUAAUGAAUUGUUAUGUUAAUUUAGAUUCUGAACCAUGUUGCACUUUUAUAUUUCAGUUACUGGAUAUUUGUUUUAAAUCAGUCCUUCACAAAUAAUGGGCAAUGGGUUACAGCUCUCUCUGCCCUCCUGCCACAAGUACUGUGAGCCCUGUAAUGAAAAACAGAAGCAUAAUAACAAAAAAUGCAGCUACCUAGAUUUGCUUCCCUGCUGCAUAUCUCCUAGCCGCUUGAAGAACCAGCUGAGAAACACUGGCUUAAUUGAUCACACAAUUAACAAUUGGAAACUGCCUGUAGAGCUUUGACUAUGGGGUAGUAUAGAUAUGAAAUGAAAUGAGAGGAUGCAAUGAAAUGGUAAUGGCUGAAUUGCCUUUUAUAAGCUACCACGUCUAAUCUGCAUUCCAGGUUUGUCUUUGUGAGUUCUACAGAAUUUUCUGGAUGCGAAACUGGAGGGAUCAGAUUCUAGACCGAC